AUGGCGUCCUCAGCACUGCUUACUCAUCCCGAUAUACUAUCUCAGAUACUACGAUACGCAGAUAAAGCAUCCAUAGCAAGAUGUAUGCAAGUAUCCUGGUCAUUCUUCACUCUCUGUUCACCAUUUCUCUACGCCAAUAUCACUCUGAUCCCUGAUGAAGCAGACGCGAUAUUCCGAGGGGCAAGUACUGGUCCCAUGAUUUAUUCAGACUGUACUGAGCGAGAGAUGAAGCGUGAGCUAUUACGGCAUGUACAGAUUAUAGGAAUUAGAGAGCAUGGAAAGUGUAACGGUUUCGCUGGAAAUACAGCUUGCACAAGAUGGAGAGGAAUUGGAAUUGAGUUUCCUCACUUGAAGAUAUUAAGGAUAUGGGAACCUCCGUCGGUAUAUGUUGGAGAUUGGUGGAGUUGUCCCUGGAUCAAGAGUUUUAAUUACGAUAAAUUAAUCAUGAGGGACAUAAGAUAUCUAUCAGCUGGUGGACCUUAUACUUUUGCUCCUUCUGAACUAUUAGGUAAACCAUCCAAAGUAGUCAUAACGAUUCGAGGCCUGAAUGAUCUCAGAGAAGUAAACAAGGAUGUGAUCACUCCCAAACCUCGUCGGGACUACCCCUCCCUGCAGAACGACAGAGUUCCCCCUGUCAGACCCGAUAUGGAAACAGUGAUAAUAUUCUGGGCAGAAAGACCAUCUCAGAAAUGGAAUGAAGAAGGACCACCAAUCGGUAUCGAUGAGCUCUAUAACCUAAUAGAACAGUUAAGCAUCUGCGCUUCAGUUCAGACGAGAAAAUUAGUGAUCUGCAAUGCAGAUAAAAUACCUUUGCUUGAUAAAACCCCAGAAGACACCAAGAUAUUCAUUGAGAACGCCAUGAAAGAAACGGUCCAAGCUAUCUCAAAUGGUAGAAAUGAGCAGAAGCAAGCGAAGGCAAGGUUGGACGUUCUACACUUCAUGUCAUUUGAGGAGUACCUGGAAUUAGAAGAUUGGAAAGGAGAAUUUGAUAAAGAAGAAAUAGAGGAUUGGCUGAAACCAAAGGAGGAUUGA